CCACAGGUGACGAAUUUGUCAACCUAGAUGGCUCAAUUCAAUUAAUCAUGGAAAAACAAAAAAGUGAGAUUUUCAAAAUUUGUUCGGACCAUUUCACAUCAGAUAUGAUAGUGAAGUCUGAAAGGAGAACACGAUUGGUUUUAAUGGCAAAACCAACUAUUUUUGUAAAAGCUAAAGUUUUACAAACUUUACACGAUAUGACUUUAAGGAGAGCAGAAAACAGUAGUGAUAUAGAAAUGUUAGACCUCAGUGCUCCGUCAGCGGACCGCAGUGCUUCAACAGAGGGACACAGUGCUCCGUCAGAGGACCUCGGUGCUCCGUCAGAAGACCUCGGUGCUCCGUCAGAAGACCUCGGUGCUCCGUCAGAGACCUCGGUGCUCCGUCAGAGGACCUCGGUGCUCCGUCAGAGGACCUCGGAGCUCCGUCAGAGGACCUCGGAGCUCCGUCAGAGGACCUCGGAGCUCAGUCUGAGACAUCUAUUUACGAUCACGAGUAUAUAG